ACAAUGGCUUGAGCACGCCGCUAUUUCAUAAGGCCAACUAGUGUGGCGGCACUACGUCGCCGUCGCGCGCGCUUGCCAGGAAGUGACCGUCUCUCUAGAAGCUUGUGAACUAUAAUUGAAUCCAUCAUAGCAGCUGCGGCUCCGGAACUCUGGGGCCUUUGGCCGGAAUUCCUUUGACCAAACUGCACGCCUUGGGACCUGGUGAACGGAGCAGUGUGAACACUACACUCCCACCAUGUCAGGUCGUCAGACGUGGGCAAAGCGCGCUGCGCGCUCUGCCGUCGAACGGCCGGGCGCGACGUCGGCGCCACCCGCGUCGGCGCCCGCCUGCGACGCCGACGGGGGCACCACAUGGGCGGCCCUGGACCGCGACAUGCUCGCCGCCAUCGCGGGCUGGCUGGACAGCGCACAUGACGUGGCGGCGCUGGCGUGCACGUGCCGCGACGCCCGCACGGUGGCGGCGGCCAACGCGGUGUGGAGCCCCCUGCUGGCGCGGCACUUUGGCCUGCGGGUGCAGGCGGCCCAGGCCACGCCGCUGCGGCUGCUGUACCGGCAACUGCACGGCGCCUUCCGCGCCCAGCAGCGGCACAGGCAGCAGCAGGGCCAGGGGCAGGGCCAGGGGCAACAGGGGCAGGGGCCACAGCGCGGGCAGGAGGGGCCGCCAGGCACGGCCGCCGCCGCCGGGACCGCCGCGGCAGGGCCAGGGACAGGGCCCUGCACUAGCCCUGCAGCGGCGGCGGAGCAGGCGGGCAUUGUGGCAGCGGGGCUGGGGUCGCGGGCGGCUGUGAGCUUCGCGGGCCUCUACACGGACGGCGGACUGGACGAAGACGACCCGUCUUUCUGGGCGGGUCAUUUGUUCCAGCCCAAUGGCUGGGCUAUCUACUGCAGCCGCGCGCCGGCCAACAUCCACUGCAUUGGCAUGCUCAAGGCUCUGAACGCCGAGGACCCACUCACCACUGCUCACCGUGCCGAGAUGAUCUCGCUCGCAGCCGACGUGGCAUGGGUGCUGUUCCUGCACCGCGUGCCCCGCAAGCUGCAGGACCGCCUCAAGCCGCGGGACCCCACCGCACCGCCCGGCCCCACACACGAGCGGCUGCGGCGGGCCAUGCUUGACUCCCUCAAGAACUGGUCCACACUGGGCCUUGAGCGGCUGCUGCUGGAGCUGGUGGUCUGGCACCAGUUCCUGCGUCAGCAGAAUGAGGCGGCGGCGGCGCUAGCCGCAGCCGCCGGCGUGGCGGAACCCGCGGCUGGCCCCGACCAGAACGGGGCCGCCGCUGCCGCGGGCCCAGUGGAAGGCAACGGGACAGCGCCUGGCCAGGCGGCGGCGCAAGCAGCACCGGGACAGGGGCAGCAGCAACAGCCGGGCGAGGGCGCGGCGGCGGUGGCCGCCGCCGCUGCUGCGGCCGCGGCCGCCGCCGCCAUGGACCAGCUAGGAAUGAUGGACGCCUUUCCCGCCGGCGUGGUGGGCGCCGCCGCGCCGGCGGCGCCGCCGCUGCCGCCGCGGCUGUCGCGUGUGGUCGCGGACAUAGAGGCGGGCCGGGCGCUGAGCGGCACGAGGGCGCUGAGCGGCUUGGGUCGGGGCGAGGGGUAUGAGGUGUGGGACCGCCGCUCGGGCGGGUACCUCAUUAGCCCCGAGCUCGCCUCCACUACAGCUGUGGUGGACGGCAUUACCGUCUCCCGCGCCGGCGAGUUCACCUGCCCGGUGGCGGCCGGCGCCGUGUUCAUGAGCCAGCUGCCUCGGCAGGAGCACCUGGCCGCGCUGCAGGAGCAGUGGCAGCAGAGCAGGCGGCGCGCAGUGGAGCGACAACAGCAGCAGCAGCAACAGCAGGAGCAGGGGCAGAGACAGGGCCAGGCUGAGCAGGGGCAAGGGCAGGGGCAGGACGGGCAAGGGCAGCAGCAAGGGCGGCAGCAGGGGCAGGGGCAGGAGCAGCAUGAUGCGGUGGCGGGCGCGGGCGCGGCGCUGGAGGCGGCGGGCCAGGCGGACGGUGGCGACGGCGACGAGGAUCCCAGUGGCGAGGGUGAGAGCGAGGACGACGCACACGCAGAGGCAGGGGCCGAGGCAGGGGCCGGGGCUGAGGCUGCGGCUGCUGCGGCGACGGCUGCGGCUGCUGCGGAGCCGAGCGGCGGCGCCGCAGGCGCCGCGCAGGGAGCCGCGGGCGGAGGUGCAGCAGGCGGGGCCGCCGGCGGCGGCGCCGCCGCUGGUGCCGCCGCUGGCGCUGGCGCCGCCGUGCGGCGGCUGACCGUAGCAGAGUUGCGGGCGCUCAGCCGCGCGCGGCGGGCGGCGCAGGAAUCGGUGCGGCGGUCCUUCAACUGCAUGGUACGGCAGCAGUACGUGCAGGCGCUGUCGGGCGUCACAGACGUGGCAGCAGUUGAGGCGGCGGUGGCGGCGGGGCUACUGCCGCCGGUGGCGGCGCGCGGGCGCGCCGAGGGCGUAGGCGAGUGGGUUGAGUUCGCCCGGCCGCCGGCUGUAGCAGCCGCAGCUGCAGUGGGCGGCGCUGCUACAGCCGCGACCGCAGCGGAGGACGCUGCGGCGGGACCGUCCGGCGGCGCUGGGCCGAGCGGCUCGGCGGCGGCGGCUGCACGGGCGCCGGUGGCGGCGGCGUCACUAUCGGAUGAGCCAGCAAUGCCGGUGGUGGACGAGGCGGCGGCGGCGGGCUGCGCUCGUACGCUGUGGCCGGUCGUUUGGUUCAGGUUCUUCCCGCACCAGGGUGCGGGCGACCCGGCGGAUCAGGCCAUGGCGCUUGAGCUGCCGCCCGCGCUGCCGGCCGGGGGGCCGGCGCAGCCGCCCGCAGAUGGAGCGGGGCAGGCAGGUAACGGGCAGCAGCAGGCGCAGGGUCAGCAGGGUGCGCAGGAGGGCGAGGCCGCCGCCGGUGCGGGUGCUGGAGAAGAGGAGGAGGGUGGUUCGGGGGGCAGCACCACCAGCAGCGGGAGCGGCGGCAGCAGUAGCAGCGGGAGCGGAGGGAGCAGCGAGAGCAGCGGCGACAGUAGCAGCAGUAGCAGCGGCAUGUACAUGAUGACCUCCAGUAACGAGGGCGAGGAGGGCGAUUCGGAUGGCAGUAGCACCAACAGUGGCGGCAGCAGUGGCAGUAGCAGUAGCAGUAGCAGCAGCGAGGAAGGCGGCGAGGGAGGCGACGGCGACGGCGCGGGUGGGGCGCCUCCGGCGGAGCCGCCGGCAGCGGACAUGGACUGGGACGCCGCGGCGGCGGCGGCGGACCACGCGCUCCAGCAGCCACAGCAGGGGCAGCAGCAGGCGGCGGUGGCCAUGGCGGCGGCGGCGGCGGCCGCGGCGGCGGACUUCGAGGAGGAGGGCGAAGACGACUGGGUCGAGGAGCUGAAUUUCCUGUACGGCACAGACACGCGGGAUCUGUUGCCUCCUGGAGCCGGCGGCGACGCCAGCGCUGGAUCUGGAUCGGAUUCGGAACCGGAGGCGGAACGUGCCAAGGCUGGCAAAGCUGGCAAAGCUGGCCAGGCCUCGGGAUCCGGCGGGGACGGUAAGCAAGGCGAGACUGCUGCAGCGGCAGCAGGUGGUGGCGGCGGCGGCGGUAGCGACGGUGCGGGGCCGUCCAGCGGACCGGCGCGCGCCGACGCAGCCGGCAGCGGGGCCCGCAAGCGCAAGCAGCCUGCUGCUGGGGAGGGAGCGGCGGGUGACGCCGACGCGGAUAAGGGCGAGGGCGAGGACACGCCGCGACAGCGGCGGCGCCAACGGCGGAAGCAGGACCCGAGCGCUGACGGGGCGGCGGAGGGAGCCGGCGGCUCCGCUGCUGCGGCCACGUCGGGAGCCGCGGCACCCGCGGACGGUGCAGCAGCGGCUGCGGAGGCCGAAGCCGUGGCUGCGCACGAGGCGCCGGAUGCAGGCCCCCCUGCCUCUGCGGCAGCGGCUGCCGCUGACGCUGAAGCCACCACGGCACCUGCUGCUGCUGCUGCUGCUGCUGCUGCUGAAGGCGGGAGCGGCGAGCUUGCGUGGUCGGGUGUGGGCGAGCUGCUGGAGGGGCUGCCUAUUGGGACGUGGGUGCGCAACUGCACGCGGCCCAACGUUGCAGGGGUGCUGCUUGGAAUUGUGUCGGAGAGCGCGGGCGUGCAGGCGCUGCGGCACACAUACGCCAACGUGCAGACGGCACUGCAACAGGAGCUGCAGGCGUUGUCGGCGCAGCGGGUCGCGGCGCCGCCCGCCGGCACAGCCGCCGCCGCUGCCGCAAAGGAGGCGAGCGCCAACGGCGGCCACCAACCCCACCACCACCACCACCACCACCAUCACCGGCCGUGGCAGGAGGUCAAGCCCGGGACUGCUGCUGUACCCUCCUGCCCAGUGGAGGCGGCGAGGGCUGCUGCCGAGGCGGCGGCGGCGGCGGCGGCCGCGGGCGCGGACAGCAAUGGCGCUGGGGGCAGCGUAUCGCAGCCGCGGCGCCACUCGUUGCAGGAUGCGCAGCCACUGGCGCGGCUUCUGGCCGGAGAGGAGGCGGGCAAUGCGUUUGAGGGCAUGCUGCAGGCAGAGCCUUGCUCGGCAUCACAGCGAGACCGUCGCCGAAGCGGCGGCGGCGCAACCUCUGUUGAGAAUGCAGCUGCCGCCGGUGCUGCGCCCGUGGCGGCUGCUGACGCUGCUGGUGGUGGUAAUGGCGCGGCGGCGCCGGCGCCGGCGCCGGCGCCGGCGCAACCACAGCCGCAGCCGGCUGCCAUGCCUUCAAGCCACCUGUGCAUGGGCCUGACGCAGCGCUGGUCGGGCAACACAGCCAUGGUCAAGCUGAUUGCGCCGGAGAACCGCUCGCGCGAGUUCGGUGACGAGGAGGAAGACCAGGACCCCAGCCUCAACAUAGAUGUGCAGUACGUGGCGUUUCGGGGGGUGGCGCUGGCGCUACUGGGGGCAGCAGGGGCGGCGGCUGCGGCAGCUGCCCCUGAGGCAGGGAAGGUGGAGGAAGUGGCCCGGGAAAAGGGCGCUGAGGGUGGGGAGGGCGGCGCCGCAGGGGAGGGCGGUGGCGCCGCGGGCGCUGGCGCAGGCGCGGGCGGUGGGCUGCCGCCGCUGCGCCUGCUGUCGCCAUCCUGAAUGUUGGCUGUGCGCGCAAAGCGCUGGGUGCAGAGCGCUGAAGAUUAGGCUGGCCUGGAUGCUGACUCGUGGUGUCUUCCUUGCGUGUCAUGGAGGCUGUGGGUGACUGUGUAUUCUUGGUUCGGGGGGGCGCUUCUUGGGCAGUAUGUUCUACAUGUCAUACAGUCACUGUACAAAUUUGGGUGACCGGCAUGUUGGGUAACCGGCGUGUUGCCGUGUUGGUAUAGUGACUUUCACCGCGCCAAGAAGCACUUGUCGAGCUUCACAUCAUUCCGCCGAAAAAAUGAUCGACUAGAGCGAGAAGGCGGAUGGGCGUGCACAUUGGAUGCAGACCCAUGCAGAUCGUGCUGAGCAGCCGCGUGGCCUGCAUCGUGCCGAGUGCAGGUGCAGAGCCCUCCUUGGGAAACAGGUAGUUAAGUCGGCUUGGUGAAUGGUGGUUCUGUACGAGCCAUGGGCACCGAAGGCGGAGUGCGUACACAUGAUGGCAUGUAACAAACAUCACUC